UGACGGUUGUGCGCGCACCUGAUUGCCGGUUCAUCGCCUUAUAAAAGAGCUCAGCCGGGUCGGAUGAGAGCCGUCGCUCUCUGUGUCUUAACAGCGCGUUUGCAACACCCAACAGGUUUGACGUCAGCGCAGUGAAGAUGGUGUCGGAACUGGAGCAAGCCAUGGAGUCCCUGAUCAAAGUGUUCCACACGUAUUCCGGGAAGGAAGGGGACAAAUACAAGCUGAGCAAAGCCGAGAUGAAGAGUCUGCUGCAAGGGGAGCUGGGCUGCUUCCUCAGUGCCAGCAAGGACCCUAACGUGGUGGAUCAGAUCAUGCGGGACCUGGAUGAGAAUAAGGACGGGGAAGUGGACUUCCAGGAGUACGUGGUUCUGGUGGCGUCUCUUACCGUGGCCUGUAACGAGUUCUUCGUGGAGCAGCUCAAGAAAAAAUGAGACGCCGGCGUCCUGCGUGCGUAACAAGAGCUUUCAAUAAAACCCUUAACCUGAA